CCUCCGGUGACCUCCGCCUCGCCCCGAGCGCCUGCCCCUGGCGGGGAGGUGGCUGUGGCCUGGGAGGACCCUGGCCCUUACCCUCUCGUCUGCCCCCCAGGCUCAGGCUGCCCAGUGGGCUCAGGCCCAGAGCCCAGAGAAACCAGCACAAUAGCGUCCAACAGCUGGACCGCCAGCAGCAGCCCCGGGGAAGCCCGGGAGGAUGGGCCCGAGGGCCUGGACAAGGGGCUGGACAACGAUGCCGAGGGCGUGUGGAGCCCGGACAUCGAGCAGAGCUUCCAGGAGGCGCUGGCCAUCUACCCGCCCUGCGGCCGCCGCAAGAUCAUCCUGUCGGACGAGGGCAAGAUGUACGGUCGGAACGAGCUGAUCGCGCGCUAUAUUAAACUGAGGACGGGCAAGACCCGGACGAGAAAGCAGGUGUCCAGCCACAUACAGGUUCUAGCUCGGAAGAAGGUGCGGGAGUACCAGGUUGGCAUCAAGGCCAUGAACCUGGACCAAGUCUCCAAGGACAAAGCCCUCCAGAGCAUGGCGUCCAUGUCCUCUGCCCAGAUCGUCUCCGCCAGCGUGCUACAGAACAAGUUCAGCCCGCCCUCCCCCCUGCCCCAGGCCGUCUUCUCCACUUCCUCACGGUUCUGGAGCAGCCCCCCUCUUCUGGGACAGCAGCCCGGACCCUCUCAGGACAUCAAGCCCUUUGCACAGCCAGCCUACCCCAUCCAGCCGCCCCUGCCGCCGGCCCUCAGCAUGACUAAGGGAAAACCCGCCGGGUACGCACUGGGGCCCCACACAGGCAGGAAGGCUGCACACUGCACAAGGGCACCCCGUGGGGCAUGGGAGUCCAGCCUGGCCGCCUCCCCAGAGGGCUCUGCGGGCGACGCACCCCGCCCACCUGCGCCCCCUUCUCUCCUGACCCGCUGCUGGCCCUCCCCACAGUACAGCAAACACUUGUUUGUGCACAUCGGCCAGACAAACCCCGCCUUCUCGGACCCGCCCCUGGAGGCCGUGGACGUGCGUCAGAUCUACGACAAGUUCCCCGAGAAGAAGGGCGGACUGAAGGAGCUGUACGAGAAAGGCCCCCCGAAUGCCCCAGUGAGGCCUUCCUCUCCGCAGACCGAGUACGCACAGCUGGAGAACGGGCGCUUCGUGUACCGCAUCCACCGCUCGCCCAUGUGUGAGUACAUGAUCAACUUCAUCCACAAGCUGAAGCACCUGCCCGAGAAGUACAUGAUGAACAGCGUCCUGGAGAACUUCACCAUCCUGCAGGUGGUCACCAGCCGCGACUCCCAGGAGACCCUGCUCGUCAUUGCUUUUGUCUUCGAAGUCUCCACCAGCGAGCACGGGGCCCAGCACCACGUCUACAAGCUCGUCAAAGACUAGGGUGCCCUCUGCCCCACCACCAGGAUCCAGGACGAGCCUCUUCUCACACACCUGCCUGGCACCCAGGGGUCCAGGAUUGAGGACCCAUCUGCCUGCCAGGCCUCGGGCCCAGGGCCAGGAGGCCUCCCCACCUGCUCCAGCACACACCCCCUGCCACUGUUCUGCGCUUUAACUGUGGGAGAAGGGAGGGGGCUCAGCGAGGGGGCAGCCUGGCUGGGUCGCCAAGCCACCAUCACUUUGGUCUGCCCAGCCUCAAUGAAUGGGAGGACACCUUUGGCUCAGGUGUGUGUGGCCACUGGCCCCUCAGGGCUGUGACAGGUGGGUGAGGGAGACUGGAGGGGAGGCGGAGUGCAGAGGCCAGGAAGGAGUGUGGAGCUGGGGUUGCUCUGAGAAGAGAGAGGCCCACACUGUCUUUGCACCUGCCAUGUGCCAGGCCCCAGUGCCUCCUGCCAUCCUCUGACCUGCAAAGCAGUCAUGGGUCUCGGUGUCACAGAUGAGGAGUCUCGGGGGAGGGAUCGGGGCAGAGUUGGAGUUCUCACCAGGGCUGCCUGUCCCGAGCCUAGUUUACACACCUCCCUGCCUCGGACGGCCCCAGGCUGGGGAGGGGCUCUACACUGAGGGGCGGGGUCGGAGCCCCUGACACGGGGAGCAGCUGCCUCUGACCAGCAGGGAAGGGGAGCAGCAGGUACUCAGCACCUGUUGGGCGCCCUCUGUCAGCCCAGCAUCCAGCCAGGGCCCCGGGAGGGAGCCUCCUGCGCCACUUCCCCCAUGCUGCCCUGGCCCAGAUCCUUUGCCAGGCUCCCCAGCAGCCGCCUGACGGGGAAGGCCCCCAGGGGCAGGCCCAGGCUCAGAAGCAGGCUGGAGGGCCAGGUAGGAAGAUGCCAGCCCCUGGGCAGAUCUGUGGCCCGGGCACGAGAGGCCGCACAGGCUUCGGUAUUUUCUCUUGCCCAAGUGAACCCUCAGCGGUGCCACUACCUUGCUCUUCCCGGUGCCAGUCUCCCUGCCUGGAGCAGCUCCCCAGACCUCGUUCUGGGACGGAAGGUGAACCCUGCCCACUGCCUCUUCCCACCAUCCGGCCCCUCAGCGCCCGGCCUCCGGGCAUCGAUGAGUUUCAUAUGAAGUACUGUGCCCUUCCCUGCCCUGCCCUGCCCCCCACCCCUGAGCUUCCUGAAGGUCCUCACAGUUUGCAUAUCGCUCAGGCCACCUCCAAACCCAACCUAGGUUUUAUAAUGUAUAUUAUAUAUAUUUUUGUGUAUUUUUUAAAUCCAGCUGUGAUGGGUUAUAUCAUAAACGUGGCACAGGGCUGGGGCAGGCGCCCUCAAGGCCUACUCAGAAAGAGAAAUUAAAGUUAUUUGUUUGUGGGUUA